ACAAACCCUUUGGCUUUCUGGUCGUGUGAUUCCAGCAAUGGAUUGUCCCUCAAAAAGCACAACUUUUCUUCAAUUAUUCUCAUUAUUAUUAUCGCUAGGGUUCAAACCCAGCUUUGAAUUUCCACUUUUCUGCUUCUCUCUCUCUCUCUCUCUCUCUCUCUCUCUCUGCAUACCGAUUACAGAACUUCAAUGCCAUGGACGAUGAGUCUUUGUUCAAUGUUUUGACUUCGAGAUUGAGAGUUCUCUGACUGAUUCGGCAUUUGGGUCGUUGUGAUCUUCCUCAAUGCUGUAAAUCAAGUUUGUGGCGCUAUCUUUGUUUGAUGACAAACAAUAUCUGUGGAUUUUAUGACGUAAAACCUAGAUGUCAUACUAAGGACGUUGCAGCUUUGAGGAUGACCCACUGGCAGCAUGGAAGGCUUAUCACACUUUUUUGACUUCAAUCAGGGUAGCAUGGCGAGGAAAGUUCUCACACAGAAGAGACAUGUUGGUGGUUUAGAGGCUCCUAGAAACAGCUUGGAGCUGCCAGUAGAAACUUCUCAGAGCUAUUGUGCUGUUGGAGACAAUAUACCGUACUCUUAUGAAGUCAGAAAUGAGUGGUAUGAGAAAUCUAAUCCAACUGAAGUUUCAAUGAAGAACUUGAUCAAUAAAGAGAUAUCCAAAGGAUCAACCACCAGACGCAAUGCACCAAGCGUUGUGGCCCGUCUGAUGGGAAUGGACACAUUACCAUUAGAUACAAAAUCCAUAGCCCAGCAAGCUGAGAAAAGGAAUGAAAAGCCAGGAACCAAUUACCCCAACAAGGAACACAAUAAUAAAGGUUCAGGAGGCCAUGUCUAUCGUAACUCAAAUUCUUCCAGGCAGAUAGAGUUUGAAUCCUUUCAACAUAGUAAGGACAGAGAUCCCAAUCAUCAGCGUGUUGACAUGAAGUUGAAAAGGCCAAAGCCUCGAGAACAUCCUCAAGAGGAGGAACUACAGAAGUUUAAGAAAGAAUUUGAAGCAUGGCAAGCGACAAGGUUUAGGGAAUGCUCAAAGGUUGCUGAGCUCAGCAUUCCCAGCCAGUGGCUUGCUCAAGAGACCCUCAACAAGGAAAAGAUUGCUCUUUAUGAAAAUUCAAGCAGAACUACAGCGAAUGAGCAGCCUAUAGAACUUAAGGGUAAUGCUGUAAAAGCAAAGUCACGUGAAGGAGGUGGGCUACAGCUUCAUGGAUAUAGAAAGGAAACAUUUCCAUCUGAGCAAAAGGAAUCAUAUUCUUUAAGGAGUAGAACCCUAAGUAGAGACUUCGAGUGGUCGACUCUGAUGAAUUCUGGCGAGAAAUUGGAUAUAUCUUCUGCUCCCACAAGGAUAGUGAUCUUGAGGCCUGGCCCUGAGCAGAUGACCAACAAUGAAGAGCCUUGGGUCAGUUCUUCAGGCACUUCAGAAGAGAGAGGUGGUAUAGAAGAUUUUCUUGAGGAGGUAAAGGAAAGGCUAAAAUGUGAGCUGCAAGGGAAAACUAAAAGGGGAACGAUAGUCAGAGGAGGUGGAAUUGAGACCCCUUAUAGUGAAAAGCCAUCGGAUCCAAAACAAAUAGCUCAACGUAUUGCAAAACAAGUCAGAGAAAGUGUUACUAGGGAUCUUGGAAUGAAUUUGCUUAGAUCAGAAUCUACAAGGUCUUAUAGAAGUGAGAUUCAGUAUAAUGGACCAGGUUCUCCCGAGUUUAUCAACAGAGGUACUAGGAAACUUUUAGCAGAGAGGCUGAAGAAUGUUCUCAAGGAGGAAACAAAUCUGCAUAUUCCCACUGUUUCUAGUGGCAGCUCAAACUCAUCCAUGCUAGAUAAUGAAAGGGGCAGACUAGAGCAAUCACUAGGUAGCUUCAAAGCUGGAGGUAGGUUGAGCUGCUGGGACAUUGUAGAAGAUGAGCCAGAAGAGAAAACCAGUUCUUUCAGACGUGGGCCUAAUGAUGAUGUAAUGCAUCACAGAGAUUUGUCUCCUAGGAACCUCAUUAGAUCUUUGUCAGCCCCAGUAUCGGGAACAUCAUUUGGGAAGCUGCUCCUAGAGGACCGCCACAUUUUAACUGGGGCUCACAUCAGGAGGAGACAUGAAGCUAUUGAAAGGGAUGUGAAGAAAAGAAAGAAGGAACGGUUCAAUUUCAAAGAAAAAGUUUCCAGCUUUAAAUACACUUUCACUCUUAGAGGGAGGCUGUUUGGCAGAAGGAUUCAAUCGGCGGAGCAGCCACACAAGUAUGAGUGUGAUUCCAUGAAAGAUAUCACAAGCGGACCAACAGUUGUGAUGAACUUCAGAGAGAGGCAUGAAAACUCUACUGAGGUGCCACCAAGCCCUGCAUCUGUGUGCAGCAGUGGUCACGAGGAGUUAUGGAGGGCAGCAGAUCAUUUUAGCUCAACAUCAACAUCAGAUCUAUCUCCAUUAGAAGAUGCCGCUGUGCCUCGGGUUUUCAGAGAGAUUAGCUCUAAUCUAAACGAGCUUCGGAGGCAACUGAAUGAACUUGAUGCUGAUGGUUUCAAGGAGACAAUCAUUGAAGAGCAGCUCUUGGAAACUGAUAUGGAGUUAGAGGACGAAUCAGAAGUAUACAUAAGAGAUUUGCUUGUUGCUUCUGGUCUGUACGAGGGUUCAUCUGAAAAUGUUUUAUCAAGAUGGGAUCCACUUGCAAAGCCUAUAAACAAUCAGAUCUUUGAAGAAGUGGAAGAGUCUUACAGGAAAAUGGCCAAGGACAAUGAAGGGUCCAGAAGAGAUCAAGGUGAUCACAAGUUGUUGCUUGAUUUGUUAAAUGAAGCACUUUCAAUUGUACUUGGACCACCUGUGACUAUGUCAAGAUUCAGGAAGAAGGUGAUUGGUCCCACAAGACGAUCUCCACGUGGAAGGAAGCUAUUGGAUUGUGUGUGGGAGAUUAUUCGUGCACAUCUGUAUCCUCCAACAGACAAAAAUUAUUACACGCUUGACAAUAUGGUUGCCAGAGAUCUGGUCUCCACCCCAUGGUCCGGGUUGAUGAAUGAUGACAUUGAUGCUUUGGGGAAAGAGAUCGAAUCCCAGAUUACUGGAGUUCUGAUUGAAGAAAUAGUGAAAGUCAUGAAGUCAUAAUUCUGGACAAAAAGCCUUCUAUGCUUGGUUGAAUUUAAAAAAUUGAUUUUUAGGCCUACCAAUCUGCCAAAGCUGACCAGGCAUUGACAUUUUUUUGGUCUGUGUGUGGUGGGACCCACACACAUCGGAGGCGUGGUCGGUUUUGGUGUGAUUAGGAGGUCCGAAUAGGAGGGCUCUUGUAUUUAUAUUACAUGUGCAUGUUUUGUGUCAUUGAGAGAUGGUUGUGGUAUAGGAUAGGGGUUGGUUGGUUGGUUGGUUGGUUGGUUUGGGAGGUUCAUUUUGAUUGUACAUUAUUUUAUUCUCAAGGUUAUUUUUUGAUAAAUUGAUUUCUUAUCAAUUGGACUUGUCUAGAGGUGAACAACCAAAUUUUGAUAUGUAAACGUAAUUCAUAUGCA